CAGAGCGGCGGCGGCAGCGGCGGGUGCGAGCUGGAGGCGGCGGAAGCAGCGGGGACCGAGCGGCAGCGGCUAUGCAUCCAAGUACGGCUGGGCAGCCGCGGCACCCCUGAGGCCCGGGCGGGGCUCCGGGAGCAACGCGCGGGGGGCACGCUUGCCUGGGAGUGCGAGGAAGAGCAGUAGUGUCCGGAGCGGCGUCUGCGAAGCUUCGAACGGAGCUGAGGAGGGGGCUUCGGAGUGGGGCUGGGGCGGGGGGGGGCGGCUGGCGCAAGCAGCCCCCGGGGUGGGGGGCGGGGUGGGCGCCGGCGUCGCGAUGCUGGGCGUCGUGGAGCUGCUGCUGCUGGGGGCGGCGUGGCUGGCGGGCCCGGCCCGCGGGCAGAAUGAGACGGAGCCCAUCGUGCUGGAAGGCAAGUGCCUGGUGGUGUGCGACUCCAACCCCACGUCCGACCCCACGGGCACAGCUCUGGGCAUCUCUGUACGCUCUGGCAGCGCCAAGGUGGCUUUCUCUGCCAUCAGAAGCACCAACCACGAGCCGUCCGAGAUGAGUAAUCGCACUAUGAUCAUCUACUUUGACCAGGUACUAGUGAACAUCGGGAACAACUUUGAUUCAGAACGCAGCACUUUCAUCGCCCCGCGCAAAGGGAUCUACAGUUUUAACUUCCACGUGGUUAAAGUCUACAACAGACAGACCAUUCAGGUGAGCCUCAUGUUAAACGGGUGGCCGGUGAUUUCAGCCUUUGCUGGUGACCAGGACGUGACCCGGGAGGCCGCCAGCAAUGGAGUUCUAAUCCAGAUGGAGAAAGGCGACCGAGCAUACCUCAAGCUGGAGCGGGGGAACUUGAUGGGGGGCUGGAAGUACUCGACCUUCUCCGGAUUCCUGGUGUUUCCCCUCUGACUGGCUCAUCGCCACCGGAAUGGAGGCAGGGAGAGGGCGAAGGCAGGAGGAAGGCAGGAGGGGGAAUGAGAAAGAGGCUGAAAUUUAGAGGACGAGAAAGCGGCACGACUUGAAACUUCCUACAUGUUCCCCAGCUGUAUCCGGGUAAAAGGUGCGCGCGGGUGGUCGGACUACUCUGUCCGUUUCCUCAUUAGGAGAAGUAAAUUCCGCUUAGCUCUGCGCACUCCCAUUUCCAAAAAUAAACUCGUCUCCCCCAUUCCGGUUGAAGUAAUCAAGAAAGACUGCCUUGUCAUUGUUUCUACCCCCAUGUUCCUAUUCUCUACAAUUUAUACAAAGGAAACUUUGUAUUUCACUGUAUAAUGUGAAAUAUGUUCCUCCUCAGACCCCUCUGAAUCUUUCCACCUGCUGAAAUCUAAUAUGCCCCUCCCCUCUUUUUAGUUUGGAGAGGGGAUAAGGUUCUUGUUUUGUUUUGUUU